UUCCCGCACCGCAGCGUCUCCAUCCCCACUUUCUUGUUCCAACGGCCGAAAGGGGAUGGUGUUCUCGAGUUCUUGAGCGGGUCGACUCCGCGGCGAGAGAGACCAAGGGAAAUCGAAGAACAGGCACCGUCAGAACUCAGAAGGUUCGCGAACCCCUCCGACCUCGCCCCCUCCCGUCCCGUCCCAUGGCGACGAGGGAGACCGAGCGAGGCUCCUCCGGCGGCCUCCCCGAGGACAUGAUCCCGGAGAUCCUCGCCCGCCUGCCGCCCAAGCACCUCCUCCGCUCCCGCGCCGCCUGCAAGGCCUGGCGCAACCUCGCCACCGACCCCGCCUUCAUCGGCAGGCACCACUCCUUCCAGCCACGGCAGCCCCUCGUCUUCACCUACGACGUCGGCGGCUGCCUCCAGGCCGUCGACCUCGCCACCAACAAGCGCCGGGCGGUCCUGCGGGUUAUCCAGAGGGUGCCCGUGUCCCGCCCCUUCGCCGACGACGGCCGCGGCGCACUCAUGGUCCACGGCUCGUGCAACGGCCUGCUCCUCCUCAGCUUCCACAGGUCCUUCUUCGUCUGCAACCCUGCGACGCGCCAAGGCGCUCGCCUGCCGCUGCUGCUUCAGGAUGGCCGACAUGUCGUGGGGUUCUACCAGCACGCCGCUUCCGGGGAGUACCGGGUGCUGUACCACGAGGCUGAGCGCCUGGGCCUCCAGAGCCGGCACUCCUACUACGUCCUCACGGUGGGAUCCCCGCAGGCCAGGAGCAUCGACCUUCGCACGUCGUCGGCUGAAGUGGGCGCUGGGCUGAUGAGAGGGCUGGAGAGCUCUCGCACAUCGCCGCCCGUCCUUCUCAAUGGCAGCCUGCACUGGUCGCCGCAACAGAGCCAAGGGGGCGACAUACUGGUGUUCGACCAAGCUGCUGAGUCAUUCAGGCGGAUCUCUCCUCCCGCGGGGGCGAGCCUGACCAAGGACGACCACACGCAGCUGUUUGAGAUGGAGGGCAAGCUUGCCAUGUUCUGCUCGCCCCAAUUCGCAAAGAACAUGGCGGUUUGGUUCAUGGAUGACUACAAGGAGAUGCGCUGGGUCUGGAAGUACUGGGUUAAGCUGUCCUUCAAGCUUGCUUAUCAACCUAUACCGUUGCCACUUUGUCCGAUUGUCCUGUAUCAAGAGGGGGAUAUGCUGGUGUCCGAGGAAGUCUCUGACAAGGUGUUGCAUUGUGAUAAGACAGGUAAAUCGCAGGGGCCUGUUGACUGCUCUGCUGGGGGCACCAGAGUUACUCCACAUAUGCUCAAAGAAAGCCUUGUCCUCCAUGAGUUCCUUCAGAUGCAGCGGAAUGAUGGUGCCUGUGAAUGGUUCUCCGAGGUCGAGUUCGCUGAUGGCUCGGAUACUGCAAUCUCUGGUGAUGAAACUCAAACUGAUUAACUUCUUCUAAUCAGUUUGACCUAUUUGAACAGUUUGUCCCAUUCAUGAUUCGCGCAGUGGUGACAGAGGUUCACAGAUAUUGAGUGAUUCCUUCUUUCUCUUUUAAUAUGACAGCAGGGGUUUCUUGUAGUCUGUGCAAUUAUCUCGUGUUAUGUCUCAGUACAAGGUAUGUUGGAUAUUGCAUGUUUUCCAUAACAUGGAUUUUGAACGAAUUGCAUGUGUUCUAAACAUGAUUUCGAAUGGCUUGGGCAUCAUAUCGGAUGAUAUACCUGCAGGUCAUGAUUGCUGUUAUCGAACUUGUUUGUGUUACGGAAUACAGAUACCAUUGCUAUGUACUGUUUUCACUGCUGGAAUUUAGGGUAUCAUCAUUAUGCUCUGAAGUUUUUUUUUAGUGGUUGCAGUUGUAGAUUUUGAUCUGGAGCCAAUGCUACUAUGUUGUUUUUGUACCAUUGUUGAGGUGAUUGUUUUAUAAGCUGCUCCUAAUUUUGUCUACUGUUAGAGUUACAUUCAGAGAAAUGCAGAUAUGCAUCUUCGGGAUUACAUGUUGGUGAUUCAUCUUCUAUAUUUCUGAAUUUUUGUCUGGUGAGUUAUCUUGCUGAUGUUUGCACCAGAUUCAUUCAUGCUUUGUUGGCAUCAUAGGCAUUGUAGAAAACUGAACACUGUCAUGCAUGAAAAUUGUGUUGUAUGAAAAGAUUUUAGGCAUGUUGACUGCAAUAGACAAAAGAACAUUAGUUAUGGUAGUAUUUACUUACAGCUGAGAACAUAGGAGUAUUAUAUUAUGUUCAAUGAUCAGUAGCUUAGUGCUGGAUUUGGAGAAAGGUAGCUAUAUGCCUAUACAUUUUGAAGUGAUGCCCAAUGUUGAACUUAAAAUGUUGCUUACAUAAUGCUAUGCAUCUUCACACCAUUGAUGUAGUGACUAGUUACAGUGGAGUGAAACUGUGGCAGUGUUACUUACCAUGACUAGUAUUCAUACACUGGAAUAUGGAGUUGUUAUCUUAAACUAUAACUCCUUGGACUCAAAUCUGAACACAUUUUUGGGAAAUGAUGAUGGUGACUUUUAGUAUAUUGCGCUUGUUUAGAGUCAUUGAGUUGAAAUACGGAUUUGACAUGAGGGAAGCCAGUGGCCAACUCUUCCAGCAGAGCGCAUGAACGAUGUUGAUUCCUUCUUUCUCUUUUAAUACGACAACAUGGGUUCCUAAUAGUCUGUGCAGUUAUCCUCUAUUAUGUUUCAGUACACUGGAUGUUGGAAAUUGCAAAAUUUUCGUUGCAUGAAUUGUGAACCAAUUGCAUGUGUUCUGGACAUGAUUUCGAAAGGCUUGUGCAUCAUAUUGGAUGAUAUGCCUGCAGGGAUUGCUUUUAUCGAACUUGUUUCUGAUAUGAAAAGAUUCUAGGUAUGUUGACUGCAAUAUCCAAAAGAACAUUAGUUAUGGUACUCCCUCCGUCCGGAAAUACUUGUCGGACAAAUGAAUGAAAAUGGAUGUAUGUAAAACUAAAUUGCGUCUAGAUACAUCCGUUCCUCCGACAAGUAUUUUGGGACGGAGGGAGUAGUAUUUACUUGCAGCUUAGAAUAUAGUAAGUACUCCCUCCGUCCCAAAAUUCUUGUCUUAGAUUUGUCUAAAUACGGAUGGAUCAAGUCACGUUUUAGUAUUAGAUACAUUCGUAUCUAGACUAAUCUAAGACAAGAAUUUUGGGACGCAGGGAGUAUUAUAUAAUCAUUAUUGCUACGUACUGUUUUCAUUGCCGGAAUUUAGGGUAUCAUCAUUAUGCUCUGAAGAAUUUUUUUCAGUCGUGCAGUUGUAGAUUGUGAUCUGGAGCUGAUGCUACUAUGUUGUUUUUGUCCCAUUGUUGAGGUGAUUGUCCUAUAAGCUGCUCCUAAUUCUUGUCUACUGUUGGUGGCUCCUUCUUGACCACAUGUUGGUGAUUCAUCUUCUAUAGUUUUGAUAUUUUUUUGGUAUGCCGAGUUAUCUUGCUGAUGUUUGCACCAGAUUCAUUCAUGCUUUGUUGGCAUCAUAGGCAUUGUUGAAAACUGAACCUGUCAUGCGUGAAAGUUGUCUUGUAUGCAAAGAUUUCAGGCAUGUUGACUGCAAUUUGCAAAAGAACA